AUGCAGAGGAGGAGAAGAAGGCGAAGAAGAAAUCAUAGAGCUGUUUGGGUGAGACCAUGGAUUGAUAGAAGACUGGACCUUGGCAUGUACAAUAAGCUGAUGAUAGAGCUGCGUAAUGAAGAUCCACAUGCCUUUCACAAUUUCAUGAGAAUGUCCCUAGCCAUGUUUGACGAAGUGGUGAACCGGCUCACUCCCAGACUGACCAAGGAACAAACCAACUUCAGACCUAACUUGGAGCCUGGUCUCAAGGUGGCAGUAACCCUGCGCCACCUGGCCUCUGGUACAAAAUACAGGGACAUGCAGUAUGCCUGGAGGGUGCCACACAACACCAUAAGCAAAGUUGUCAGAGACGUAUGCGAGGCCAUAGUGGACGAGUACCUUGAUGAGCAGAUGACUUGCCCAACCACCGAAGAAGAAUGGCGGCAAAUUGCUGAUGACUGGCUGCAGAGGUGGAACUUCCCUCACACCAUUGGUGCCAUUGAUGGCAAGCAUGUGGCAUGCAAGGCUCCCCCCAACACAGGGUCGGAAUACUACAACUACAAGGGCUUCUUCAGCAUCAUACUGUUUGGCAUGGUCAGUUCCGACUACAAAUUCCUCUGGGCUGACGUAUCAGGAAAUGGCGCUGCAUCAGAUGCCCAAAUCUACAACCACAGUGAGCUGAAGCAAGGUCUAGAAAGCGACAACAUCACGGGUUGGCCACGUCCAGACCCCCUUCCCAAUGACACACAAGAUGUUCCCUACUUCAUUGUGGGUGAUGAUGCUUUCUCCCUAAGAACAUACCUGAUGAAGCCAUACAGCGCGAAGAACCUGACCAGGGAAGAGCGCAUCUACAAUUACAGAUUGUCAAGGGCAAGGAGAGUGGUAGAAAAUGCCUUUGGUAUAAUGGUCAAUAGAUUCCAGGUACUGCUCACCACCAUGCUGAAACAGUCAGGCUCAUAG